AUGGAAGCUAAACUGGAUCACGUGGCCAAGGGCCUCCUUUCUCCCAAACCGCACUCCUCCUCAGCCACUCGCAUUCCGGGCUCAGUCGCAGCCCCUCGGAGUCCGGAGCCGGCCGCCCCUGCGGACCGGACAGCGCGACCGGCGGCCGGGACGGAGCCCCCAGCCCGCGAGGAGGGCGCGGCGCAGGCGGCGGCGGCGCGGCGGGGAGGAGCCCGGGCCGGAACCAGGGCUGGGCCGGGGGCGGGGACGCCGGGGUCCCGGAGCCCCGGAGCCGGAGCGAGCGAACAAGCGUCGCGGGAGCACCGGGAAGGAGGAGCACCGCCGCCGGAGCGAGCCGAGCUACCCACAAAGUGCGAUGCCCCAGCGGGGCUAGGGCGCGCGGCGGCCGGCGCGGCGCGGCGCGGAGGGAGGACGCCCGGGAGCUGCGCGGCGCCGGGAGGCGCGGAGGGGCAGCCCCAGCGGGCGGCGGCGGGCCCGGGCUGCGACCCGAGCGAGCCCCAUGCCCCGCGCGGGCUGACGGGCCGGAGCCCGCACGGAGCGGCCGGGCCGGACAGCCGGGGCCGGCAGCGGCGCCCUGACCCCGCGCCGCCACCACACCCCGCCCCCGGCCUGGGCCCCCACGGCCCACAGCCGCCUUGGGAACAGGGUGGGCAGCAGCAGGGUUCCGAGGCCCCCAGGGAAGAGGGUUCCCGAGUAACCAAGCAGGACGCCCCUCAGACUGCCGACCCCAGUGUCUCCUCCCGACGGCCCCCCACGGACACCUCUCUGACCGGCAGUCACCCCGGCGGCGCUCCGACCCCGCGCUCCGCGUGA